AUGCAGUUGAUCUCUUUGGAUAUGGGGUCAUUGCUUGCGGGAGCCAAGUUUUGUGGGGAUUUUGAAGAAAGAUUAAAGGCCGUUCUGAAAGAAGUUACGUUUUCUAAUGGACAGAUUAUAUUAUUCAUCGAUGAGAUUCACACAGUUGUUGGUGCAGGAGCUACUGGUGGAGCAAUGGAUGCUGGCAACUUGCUUAAACCAAUGCUAGGUAGGGGAUAGCUCCACUGUAUUGGAGCAACAACACUGACUGAAUACAGGAAAUAUAUUGAGAAGGACCCUGCUUUAGAAACGAGAUUUCAGCAGGUUUAUUGUGGUCAGCCAUCUGUGGAAGAUACAAUAUCUAUCCUACGUGGACUUCGUGAGCGUUAUGAAUUGCAUCAUGGUAUUAAAAUAUCAGAUAGUGCUCUGGUUUCAGCUGCUAUUCUAUCAGACCAUUAUAUUACUGAUUGAUUCUUGCCUGACAAAGCCAUUGAUCUUGUUGAUGAAGUCGCUGCUAAGCUGAAGAUGGAAAUAACAUCUAAGCCUAUUGAAUUGGAUGAGGUGGAUAGAGCAAUACUUAAAUUAGAGAUGGAGAAGCUUUCAUUGAAAUUUGACACUGAUAAAGCUUCAAAGGAACGACUCAGCAAGCUGGAAGCUGAUCUAGCAGUACUAAAACAAAAGCAAAAGGAACUUUCUGAGCUUUGGGAGAAUGAGAAGAACCUAAUGACUCGAAUACGUUCAAUUAAAGAGGAGAUUGAUCGAGUGAACAUAGAGAUGGAAGCUGCUGAAUGUGAGUACGACUUGAACCGUGCGGCUGAGCUCAAAUAUGGCACACUUAUGUUCCUUAGAGAGCUUGAGGAAGUUGAGCUUAAACUUGAAGAAUUCCGGCAAUCAGGGCAUUCUAUGCUUAGGGAAGCGGUCACUGACAUUGAUAUUGCUGAAAUUGUGAGCAAAUGGACUGGCAUCCCAAUCUCCAACCUUCAGCAGUCAGAGAGGGAUAAGCUGGUUUCAUUGGAAGAGGUUCUUCAUAAGCAGGUUGUCGGCCAGGAUAUCGCCGUAAAGUCUGUGGCCGAUUCCAUACGCAGAUCAAGAGCUGGGCUCUUGGACCCCAAUCGUCCGAUAGCAAGCUUCAUGUUCAUGGGCCCCACUGGCGUUGGUAAAACUGAGCUUGCUAAAGCACUUGCAGGCUACCUUUUCAACACUGAGAAUGCUCUUGUGAGGAUUGACAUGAGUGAAUACAUGGAAAAGCAUUCGGUUUCUCGCUUGGUCGGUGCUCCACCUGGUUAUGUUGGCUAUGAAGAAGGGGGACAGCUAACUGAGGUUGUGAGGAGGCUGCCUUACUCUGUUGUCCUCUUUGAUGAGCUUGAGAAGGCACACCAUGAUGUUUUCAACAUUCUAUUGCAGCUACUGGAUGAUGGAAGGAUCACUGAUUCACAGGGCAGGACCGUUAGUUUUACAAAUACUGUCGUAAUAAUGACAUCCAAUAUAGGAUCACAUUACAUCCUUGAAACUCUACGCAACAGCCAUGAUACUAAAGAAGCUGUUUAUGAGCUGAUGAAGAAGCAGGUAGUUGAGUUGCCUAGGCAGACAUUCCGCCCAGAAUUUAUGAACCAAAUCGAUGAAUAUGAGGAAAUUGGAGAAUUGAUCAUCAGGUGAAGUGCU